AUAUUUUAUAUUAUUUUGUCACUAAAUAAAAUCAAUACAUAAAUGCUGAAAGCGCAAAUGCUGCAGCAGAUGAGACCCCUGAAACACCAUGUGUGUAGUGACGCAUUAUUGGCUCCGCCUACAAUGCAUCGCAGACAAGGGAACCUCCGAGACAACAGGACCUAAAGCUCUACUCAAUUAUAGACAGGAUUAUUUAAUUUUGAGGACACCGAUUCAACGACUCCUUUUAACACUUUCCAAGUAGACGGAGUUCGACUGGAAUUCUUAGAGUCAGCGGUACUUCCCAGCCAUUGUUCUCGUCGGGGAAAAAGCGACGCCCUCAGGCCGCCGGUGGUACUGCAGGUGCCGGUGAGUUGUAAGUGAGACAGCGGGAAUCUGAAUAAUUUAACGGCGGAAAAUGAGCUCCGAGGAGGCGGCAGCACCACCGAAACAGGGCGCAGAUGAUGAUGGCAUGUCCUGGUGGUACCGGUGGAUCUGCAAACUCGCUGGUGUCCUUGGAGGCAUAUCAUGUGCAACGAUGGGAGUUUGGAAUUGCGUGACGGUGAAUCCGUUAAACAUCGCGGCUGGAGUUUGGAUGGUGUUGACAGCGUGUGUAUUGUUCCUGUGUGAAGUACCGUUCUGUUGUCAGUUUGUCGAGUUUGCUAAUGUGGUCGCUGCUCGAGCGGACCGACUGAAGCCAUGGCAGAAAGCUCUGUUUUACUGUGGGAUGGCGCUGUUUCCUAUUUUUUUACGCUUUUCAAUGACAACUUUAUUUGGAAAUGCCAUCGCCUUUGCUGCAGGAGUGCUGUACGGACUCGCAUCUCUUGGAAAGAAAGGCGAUGCGGUGAGCUACGCUCGAUUACAGCACCAGAAACAGGGCGAUGAAGAGAAGCUUGCAGGAACAACAGAUGGCUCUGUGCCGUGAAUCUCCCGUCGUCACCUCCUUUACUCCUCUACCUCCAUUCCACCCUCUCACUCUCUCUUUUUCUCUGUAACAAGGUGGAUUGCCUGACUGAAGUGUCUCCUCACUGUUUGAUGUGGUAAAAACCUUAGUGUAGAUGUCUUAUUUAGUUUGAAACAAAAGAAAACAAGGCUGUGAGGUAUAUAAGUACAGUCUGAUGUACCUUGGUGUCAAACAUUCAGCUGAAUUAUCAUUAAAAAUACAUAGUUUCCCAAACAAAUCUGGAGAAAUUGUCAAAAUUAGACAUGACUGAAGACCUUAAGAUUGUACGUCUAUCCCUCACAGCCUCGUUCUUGUGUUAAAUCUGCCGUCUACGUUUAAACAUAUGCUAACCUUUGACCUCUGAAAGAGCCAGUCAGUGGGAAACUGUUCUCUAGUUAAUUUGUGUGAAAUGUAUUUUAUAAAAUGGGUUUUAAGUGAAAAUUUUGAUUAAGGCUUUUUGUUCUCAUUUUUGUAUUUAUUUAAUCUUAUUUUUGUCUCACUUUAUAAAAACUGUAAUGGGUCGACCUUCGGUUCUUUGGCAUUUAACUGUUUACGUUUUAUUUACAAAACCCAGAGCUGGAGAGGUUUUAACACACAAACUACCGUCUCCUGCGUCGUCCCUCAUAACAAACGACCGCAGCACCAGCACAAGUAUUUGGAAGUUGGGUUUCUUCCCAGAACUCUUCCGUUCUGUAGAUGAGAAAAUACAAAAAGAGGCAUUUGUUUAAUGUAAAACGUUUCAGACGAUGAACAAAAAUUCAACGUUUAAGCAUGCAAAAUGUAUUUCAAUGAUUACAGGUGUUUUUAAAACCACUGCAGGGAUAAAAACGAAGCGUGUGUGUUUGUGUGCAUCUGUUUACCUAAAAUAUUUCGCUGCAGCAUGUUUUGUGUACUAAAGAAAUGGUGGAAUGUAACUUUGCUACGCUGCUCCAAAAGCUUGGUCACUUUUAUUUAGAAUUUGGUAAAACAAUAUUUUUUGUUUCAUAAUAAGCUUGUGUGAGCGUUUUUCUAAAUGAAGUUGCAAGAGUUCUUUUUAAAGUGUUUCCUCUAGUUAACGCUCCAUCUUUAGGACCUUGUGUGCAUUUAUGCAUUCUUAACCCUUGGAUGGACUCACAGGUCAAUUUGACCCAUUUGAACAUUUAACACUGAUUUCAACUAAGUUUUUGGCUUGAAACUUAAUGACAUCCUCCACAGAGGUGAUCUGAACCUGGCAAUGUUUUUUUUUUUAAAUGUCAUGUAUUUAUAAACAAAGCUAUAAAAAAAACUACUUUGUACCUCCGGGUCAAUUUGACCCGAUUCACAUAAAAAGCUGUAAAAUGGUAGAAAUAUUUAAGUACACUCGUACUAAUAAUUGCAUGCACGCACGCACACACACACACAUACAUAAAUGCAUGCAUACAAAUAGUCAUUGACAACAGAUACAAAUGAUAACACAAGAGUUUAUUUUAUCGAUAUUCAUUUGUUCAAAAGUUAUUUUACUGUUAAUUUAGUGUUCAUUCAAAUGUUUGACAUGUUCAAAUUAGAAAUAAACACCUUAUUGAAAAAAUUUAGAAUAAAUGCAAGUUAUUAGUUACUUGAUUAUUUUGUUUGGAUAAUCAUCAUCUUUUUUUUUUUUUUUUAAACAAAAGUCUCCUGUCUGCUCCAGUCACUUUGUCUGUAAGCCCCAAGUAGCCACAAACUCAGCUCGUACUUUAAGCUGUUUUUACAAAAUGAGUCUAUUUCUAUUUGUCUUUCAGCUUGCCUGGGUAAAUACGCCACUGUUAUGUCUCAAAUGUCUAGAUGAAAAAAUGCAGCAAAAAAAAGUAUUAUAAACAAAUCAUUGUUUGAAUAUGUUCCUGACUAUUGAUGCUGAGGUUCUUAGUUUUCAAAUGACACCAAGAUCACGUUUGUAGUCCAUUCAGAGGCCGAGAUAUUCCACAAAACAUGGGGGAAGGGCGGGGCUUCCCAAAAAAGACUGGAUGUCUAUGGGCAGAGUCACAAAACACUGUGCCCCCUACAUUUCAGAUUUGUAUAUUGUGAUAGAGAAAAAAUUAUUUUUUCUAGUGUUUGCUGCCAUCUAGUGGAGUUAUCUAUGACUAAAAAUAGGGAGAUCAAGCAAACAGAGCCUUUAUUACAAGCUUUUGAAAUUAAAGAUAAAAAACAGUCAUUGUGACCAGCAAGUUCAAAGUAGGGACUUGAUCGCUAACCAUCCAAGGGUUAAGCUUCUUUAAAGGGCUUCUUUUCUGGAACAUCAAAUGACUCUGGAAUUAUUGUGAUUAUGCAUUGAUAAUGUGUUUGUUGGGUUUUGUUUACCAAACCGCUGCAUCUACGUGAGCCAGUCUCAACACUGACCAUUACUAUGAAAGCCAAAAUGACUACAAAAUCAAGAUGAAACAUUUAUCACUGAGGUCAGAGGUCAUUCUGUCCUUUUCUUACCUUUGUGUCCACACUGUUACACUGGCUUUAUUUUUUUCAGUAUGAAAGACCCCAAGCUUUCAAAGACUAAACAUUUCACAAAAUUUACAAGCAGUAAAGACAGACAAAUAUUUGCAUGUAGAAUUUUUACCAAUGUUUCCAGUAACACUAUUGAGAUUUUCCAAAUCCACCAGCACACAAACCAGCUUUAAUCACUACAUCUAGUAUGAUUCUAAUCUUUCCCUCUAAAAUGAAUGUUUACUUCAAACUUUGGUGUAAAAUCCUUUCAAUACCUUUCAGUGGUCUAUCUAUAGAAGUGUUUAUUGCAAGUUCUUAGUCUCUGUAAUCUUGAAAUCAAAAAUCCUCUGAAUGUGGUUCCAGAUAGUGUCACAAAAAAUAUCAAAGCUAUUUACUAUAUAACCAGACACGCAGAAAACUACUAACUUAAAGGGAGGAUACACCAAAAUUGUUAGGCACAGACUUGAAUUUGUGGGGUGCAAACUCAAUAGAGGUGGAAAAAGGUGAGAAAGUCAUAGCUGGUGUUCCAAAUAUAUAUUUUCAGUUGAUUCAUUUGUUGUAUUUAAAGCUUUAAGUGUUUAGUAUUAAAGUAACAGAAGGAAAUUUUAGAAAAUUUUACCAAAUAAUUGGGCUAAUUAGCUUCAGAGUAGGUGACUAUCUGAAAGGUGAGUAGUUUGCAUUUCUGAAUUUAGCUGUGAAGCUGUGAUCUUGUCCUUUGUGUUAUAUAUUUGUGUUGGAUUAAUGAAAUGAUUUUCAAAUGCACUAAAUAAAGACAUGUGUCUUUCAACAUCUCUCUUAUUGCCUGAGUUUUUAAUGGGGAUUUAAACAUUACUUUGCUUUUAAGAAUACAAAUCUAUUUCCUUUUAUAAAGAACAAGCCCACUGACUAUAAGAUUCAAUUUUAGCAGGGGCCGGGGUAGCUCAGCGAGUAUUGACGCUGACUACCACCCCUGGAGUCGCGAGUUCGAAUCCAGGGUGUGCUGAGUGACUCCAGCCAGGUCUCCUAAGCAGCCAAAUUGGCCCGGUUGCUAGGGAGGGUAGAGUCACAUGCGGUAACCUCCUUGUGGUCGCGAUUAGUGGUUCUCGCUCUCAAUGGGGCGUGUGGUAAGCUGUGCGUGGGUCGUGGAGAGUAGCAUGAGCCUCCACAUGCUGUGAGUCUCCGUGGUGUCAUGCACAACGAGCCACGUGAUAAGAUGCGUGGAUUGACGGUUGGGCAACUGAGACUUGUCCUCCGCCACCUGGAUUGAGGUGAGUAACCGCGCCACCGCAAGGACCUAGUAAGUAGUGGGAAUU